AUGGCAUCAGAAGGGAAAGCCCCCUUCGCUCCAGACUAUGCUUCCUACAACUGGACGGGUGCCCCCUCUAACUAUGAUCAGCUGGCAACCAACGACAUAGGAGGAGAUUCAAGAAUGGAAAAUCUGAACAAAUGGUUCCAACCGGGGGAUCAGGCAUACAUCAUUGUGGCCUCCGCCAUGGUCAUGGUCAUGAUUCCCGGUCUCGGUUUCCUAUACUCCGGUCUUGCUCGUCGAAAAUCCGCCCUCAGUAUGAUCUGGGCCUGCAUGGCCUCUCUGUCCGUCGUCACGUUCCAAUGGUACUUCUGGGGUUACUCGCUCGCUUUCUCUCCUACCGCAACCAACGGGUACAUCGGCAACCUUCGUAAUUUCGGGUUGAUGAAGACUCUGGCGGAUCCAAGCCCCGGUUCUCCCCUAGUGCCGAACCUUCUGUAUGCUUUCUACCAGAUGCAAUUCUGCGCAGUGACGGCAGCGAUUAUCAUGGGAGCGGUCGCGGAACGUGGACGCCUGCUUCCCGCCAUGGUGUUCGUCUUCAUCUGGGCUACAAUUGUCUAUUGCCCCCUUGCCUGCUGGACCUGGAGUAAGAACGGCUGGGCCGUCAAAUUCGGUGUGCUAGAUUAUGCCGGUGGUGGGCCAGUCGAAAUCGGGUCCGGUUUAUCUGCCCUGGCCUACUCGAUGGUCCUGGGUCGCCGCCAGGAACGUAUGAUGCUGAAUUUCCGCCCGCACAACGUCUCCCUCAUUCUCCUGGGCACCGUUUUCCUCUGGUUUGGAUGGCUGGGAUUCAACGGUGGUUCGGCCUUUGGUGCUAACCUCCGUGCCGUCAUCGCUUGCUGGAACACGAAUUUGACUGCGGCCUUUGCCUCCAUCAGCUGGGUGGUUCUCGAUUGGCGUUUGGCUCGGAAAUGGUCCAUGGUCGGCUGGUGCUCUGGGACAAUCUCUGGUCUAGUCGCGGCGACUCCAGCAUCCGGCUUUAUCACUCCCUGGGCGAGUGUCAUCCUUGGUAUCGUGACGGGAAUUGUAUGCAACUAUGCAACCAAGGUGAAAUACUGGAUCCGGAUAGAUGACUCGAUGGAUGUGUUUGCUGAGCACGGUGUCGCUGGCAUUGUCGGCCUGAUCUUUAACGCCCUUUUCGCGGACGACGCAGUGGUUGGUCUGGACGGAGUGAACACCGGGAGUGGGAGCGGUGGAUGGGUGAUCCACAACUAUAAGCAACUCUAUAUUCAAAUCGCCUUCAUUUGCGCCGCCAGCGCCUAUUCGUUCGUCGUAUCCGCUAUCAUUGCAUACGCUAUCAAUGCCAUCCCCGGCUUGAAGCUCCGGGCAUCUGAGGAGGCCGAACUGCUGGGCAUGGAUGAUGACCAACUGGGCGAAUUCGCCUACGACUAUGUCGAAGUCCGCCGCGACUACCUCGCCUGGACGCCGCAGAAACACGACCAACUCGAGGAUGGGCAUCACAUCCCUGCAGCGGCGCGGUACGGGAUAGGCGAGCACAGCGAAAUGAUGUUGGAUGGACAACCCCCCGCAGGUAUCGAUAGUCGUGGCUGCAGCGAAGGCGAUUCUGGCAUUCAAGAAAUCAAGAUGGCUCCGACACCACAACACCCGACGGAGGAAGAGACCGCCCAGCCUAUGUCUGAAAAGACGCAGUCAUGA